GCACUUGCAUCAUUUUAAUCUCUAUUUGAUUUCUGUAAAUUGCUGUUGCCAUACGUCUUAGGGAAGAGGGCAGCUAUCACAUAAAGAAACACAAUGAGAUGGCAGACGAUCCUUCACUUUAUUUCAUUUUGCAGUGCAGUGAUAUGCUGCAAUCCUGGCUGGUUUCCAUAUGGUCAAAAAUGUUAUAGAGGUAUUCAGUUUGAUUAUGAUGUUAGAUUAGCACGAAGAUAUUGCCAAAUAUUCGGGGGAGAUUUAGCUGUUAUAAGCGAUAAUGCUUCUUUACAGAAUAUGGCUUCGAUCUUGUUUGAAAAUUCAAAUGAGAUAUCUUAUUGGGUUCACGAAAAUUCCUCCCUUGGUGAAACCGUAUCAUCUACUUAUUGCAGUUACAUUUACGCAGAUGAAGCAUCAUCGGUGAAACUGGGUACUGAUGGUAACUGCGACAAUGGGAAACAGUUUGUCUGCGAAGUGGCUAAAACAGACAGCGACUACAUUUGUCCAACGAGUUGGAGCUAUUAUGGUAAUAUCUGUUAUAAAACAUUCAAGAAUUUAGCAACGUACGAACAGGCUGUAUCUUACUGUUCUCUUCAGCGAGCACAACUAACUGUGUUGGAUAAUAUAGCUAAAGAACACAAUGCUGCCUCUGUUAUAAUUGGACAAAAAGGUGCGUAUUUAGUUGCAGCAAAACAAGUUAAGAUAAAUGGAAGUGAAUCAUUUAAAUGGACGUCUGGAAAUGAUUUUGAACCAAGCUGCGCUGAAUGUCUGGCUCAAAAUUUUUCUCUAGGUGGAUGCCUGGGAUUUUCUUCCGACGAGCAACAUCCUACAAUGUUUACAUGGGUAGCAUUGAAUUGUAGUGCAAGCAACUACUAUAUGUGUGAAAUGCAGCCUGUUAUCAGAAGCACCACUCAAGCUUCAACUGAGCCAACCACAACACUUGCACCACUACAAUGCCCUGUAGGAUACAACUGGAAGGCCCACGAAGAAAGUGGUUUUUGUUACUGGGAGACAACAUAUGAAAGUGAGCGACUGAACUGGUAUCAAGCUCGAAAAUUUUGUCAAGCUUAUGGCGGGGAUCUAGCUACUUAUGAUAAUGCACAACAAGAAGAGCAUGGAAUAGGAAGUGCCAAGGGUCACUAUAGAGGACUUUGGUUUGGACUUAAAAGAGGAAAAGAUGACCUUUUACACUGGGUUGAUAAUUCUACUUCUCUCUAUACUAAUUGGUACAGAGGUGAACCUGAUUUCAGUAGUCCGACAAAGUUUUGUGUAAAGCACGGAGACAAGAACUCUCAAUGGGAGUUAGAUUACUGCGGUGUUAAGAGAUGGUUUAUUUGCAAGGCACCACCAACUAGAAACCCGGUAAUUCCUAAUUUGGAGAAUGUAUCAAAAAAAAUUCCUUGCAACUUUAGUGGACCUUCCGUAUACAGAAAUCAGUGGUAUCUGUAUGAAGAUCAUUGUUAUUUAGUCAGAGAGGAAGCGAAAUACAGUUGGGAUACAGCACAAUAUUUCUGCCAAGACAACGGCGGACAUCUUGCUUCGAUUCAUUCAUUCGAAGAAACGGAUUUUAUUCUCCGAUUAAUGUCAACUGCACCUAAUACAGACUUCUGGAUAGGUUUGUCAGCAAGAGGGCUCGAUUCUUCUUUAACAUGGUCGGAUGGUACACCUCUUCAAUUCUUGUACUGGGAAGAUAAUUUUAAUACUUCCAUUACUGUCAGCAAAUGUGUGAAUUUUGAUAAACUCAGAGGUUCAUGGAAGACCGAACAUUGCAAUCGAUUUCUUGGUGUUGUUUGCAAAAGAGGAGUGAAUGCAAGCUAUGAUUUUGCUACUCCUGAACCUACACCUCUAAUGCCUGGAAAUUGUGAAAAGGAAUGGUACCGAUUAGGAAAUAAAUGUUACAAACCUUACGGAAAAAAAUGGAGUCAAAGAAAAAGCUGGGAUGAGGCUAAGAUAGAGUGUGAAAAGGAGGGCGCUUCUCUAGCAUCUAUUCACAGCGCUGAUGAACAAAGUUUUAUCACAGAUAUCAUGCUAGAUACAGGAACAACUAUGUGGAUUGGACUGGAAAAUAUUGAUAAAGGUACUGUGUUUAAAUGGAGUGAUGACUCGCCUCUUGACUAUUCUGAAUGGAACGCGAAUGAGCCAAUGAUGACA